ACAAUUAUUACAAACAACAAGAAAGAAACGGUUACAGUUGUUAGUAAACAAUUAUUACAACGCUUUAAAGAAAGAAAUAGAAAUAUCAAAAGACUUAGAACAAUUAAAUGAUGGUGGAUAUUUCGACGAAAGAAUCACUGAAGUUAGAGAAGAAUAUUUGGAUUCUGAUAAUUCAAAAGAAAAAUUACAUAUUUUACGAAGAUCGAGAAUUAAUCGAUUAUUAGGAAGUGAAGAAGAUCAAAGAUAUGAUCUUAUAAGAGAUAUUAUUAAUAAUACGGAAAAUAUCGAAGAAAUAUCAGAUUCAUCAGAAAUAUUUGCAGAUAUUAAAAUAUUAAAUCAAACUUUAUUAACAGGAAAUCGUGAUAAAUCAGAACUAGAAAGAGAACGAAAAACUCAAUAUAACAAUGGGUUAUAUGAUAUUAUUAGUUCAGCUAUCAAAAUAGAAGAAGAUAUUGAUAAAUUACAAAAAGAAUGGCAAGAGGCUAUUGAAAACAAUCUUGAUCAAAAUUUUUUGACUGAAAGAUUAAAAAUAAAUCUUCAACAAAAUCGAUUAGAUAGAAUUAAAGAAUUAAAAGAAAAAGAAAAUGAUACUAAAACACCUAAAACACCAAAACGAUCUUUUGAUAAACAAAUUAAUUUUAUUAUUACUCAAUAUAAAAAAACAUUAUCUAACGUUGAUUUAUUAAAGUUUUUUCCUACAAGAAAAAAUAAAUCGGUCGUAAAAUUUAUUAAAGACGUAUAUGAUAAAAGUAAAGAUAAAAAAUCAUUGUUAGAAGUACUUUAUUUGAAUUGGGUUCUUGGUAAAGAUAAAAAAUAUUUAUUGAACAAGAAAUUUACAAGAAAGAAGAUAAAUGAAGUAAAUAAUUUAGUAAAAGAUAUUAAUAAUUAUCUUUAUGAAGAACCACCUGAAUUUUCUUGGGAUAAUCCUUUACGUAUGGAUCAAGAGAAGAUUGAUAUAAUUAAAAGUGUUGAUUUAGUGAUGAUUGAAUAUAAAAAAUCAUUAGCUAAUAUUUUAGAAAUUACAGAAGAAAAUACUAAUACGAUACAAGAUUCUCUAAAUCAGUUAGGUUUAUUAUAUGAAACUGGACAUGAUAAAAAAAAUUUUUUAAAUACAAUCACUGAAGUACUAGUAAAUGGAAAAGAUGUGGAAGAAAUUAAUGAUAAUAAUAUAAAAGAA